AUGUCAGCAUUAUCAACGGAUGUAAAUAAUACUCUGUUGCAACUAUUGCAAGGAUUUUCCUCUCCAAACAAUGAAAUCCGUGCUGCAGCAGAAAAGACUUUAGAUCAAAAUUGGAUCACACCAGAAAAUAUCGAAGUAUUGUUGGUUUUUCUUUCUGAACAGGCAGCCUUUUCGCAGGAUCCAACAACAUCUGCGUUAUCGGCAGUUUUGUUCAGAAAACUAGCAUUGAGGGCUCCUCCCUCAUCAAAAACAGUUAUUAUUGCCAAGAACAUUACUCACAUCAAUAAACCAGCAUUGAGCCAGAUCCGUAAAACACUACUAGAAGGUUUUAUUUCCGAAAGACCUGGCACUAUUAGACAUAAGUUAUCCGAUGCCAUUGCCGAAUGUGCCCAAGAUGACUUACCUGAAUGGCCGGAAUUACUACAGACUCUUAUCGAAUCAUUGAAAAGUCCGGACGCUAACUUUAGAGAGUCAAGUUAUAGAAUUCUAUCUUCUGUUCCUCAUUUAAUUAAUAAUGUUGAUGUCAUGAGUAUAUUGCCUAUCUUUGAAUUGGGAUUUACUGACUCCAAUGACAAUGUGAAAAUUGCAGCAGUUACAGCCUUUGUAGGAUAUUUUAAACAACUUCCAAAGCAAAAUUGGUCCAAAUUAGGUGUGUUAUUACCAAGUUUGUUGAAUAGUUUACCAAGAUUUUUGGAUGAUGGUAAAGAUGAUGCAUUGGCUGCAGUUUUUGAGUCAUUGAUAGAGUUGGUAGAGUUGGCUCCAAAGUUAUUUAAGGAUAUGUUCAAUCAACUAAUACAAUUCUCCGACAUGGUUAUUAAAAAUGCCGAUCUAGAAACUCAAGCCAGAACCACAUCCUUAGAAUUAUUGACAGUAUUCAGUGAGAAUGCUCCAUUGAUGUGUAAAUCUAAUCCAGCAUACGCACAAUCGAUUAUUCUGGAUACCUUAUUGAUGAUGACUGAAGUGUCCCCAGAUGACGAUGAUGCUAGUGAAUGGAAGGAUGCAGACGACACCGAUGAUGAAGAAGAAGUGACAUAUGAUCAUGCACGUCAAUCAUUAGAUAGAGUGGCAUUGAAACUAGGUGGUAAAUAUUUGGCUCCUCCACUUUUCCAGUAUUUGCAGCAAAUGAUCUCCUCUCCAGAUUGGAGACAACGUUAUGCCGCACUAAUGGCUCUUUCUUCCGCCGCUGAAGGUUGUCAAGACGUACUAAUUGGCGAGAUCCCAAAGAUUUUGGACAUGGUAUUGCCCUUAAUUAAUGAUCCACAUCCAAGAGUCCAAUAUGGUUGUUGUAACGUUUUAGGUCAAAUUUCUACUGAUUUCAACCCAAUAAUUCAGAAGACUGCACAUGAUAGAAUUUUACCAGCACUUAUAUCUAAAUUGACUCCAUCUUCUCUGGAAAGAGUUCAAACACAUGCAGCUGCUGCACUAGUUAAUUUUUCUGAACAUGCUGAUGAAGGUAUCAUAGAACCUUAUUUGGAUAGUUUAUUAACCAGUCUUCUAACAUUAUUGCAAAGUAACAAGUUAUAUGUUCAGGAGCAAGCUUUAACUACAAUUGCAUUUAUUGCAGAUGCCUCAAGUGUUAAAUUUGUCAAAUAUUACGACACAUUAAUGCCAUUAUUAUUGAAUGUCUUGAAAACUAACACUGGAAAUACUAAUGGAAUUUUGAAAGGCAAAUGUAUUGAGUGUGCUACGCUGAUUGCGCUUGCUGUAGGUAAGGAUAAAUUUAUGGAGCAUUCUCAGGAACUAAUUAACAUGUUAAUUACUCACCAAGAUUCAUGCACAGAUGAUGAUGACCCUGUAAAGCCAUACCUUGAACAAGGUUGGAGUAGAAUAUGUCGUAUUCUCAGGGACGACUUUAUUCCACUAUUACCAAUUGUUCUUCCACCACUAUUGGAGUCCGCCAAGGCCACCCAAGAUGUUAGUUUAAUUGAGGAGGAAGAAGCCGCUAAUUUCCAACAGUACAUGGAUUGGGAUGUUGUCCAAAUUCAAGGUAAGCACAUUGCUAUACACACAUCUAUUCUAGACGAUAAAGUAUCUGCCAUGGAAUUAUUACAAGUCUACUGUACCGUAUUGAAAAGUCAUUUUGCUGCAUAUGUUAACGAAAUUAUGACUGAAAUUGCCAUCCCAUCUAUUGAUUUCUAUUUACAUGAUGGUGUCCGUGCUACAGGUGCCAGUUUGAUUCCUACUUUACUAUCUGCACUUGUUUCUACUACAGGGACAGAAGAUGCCAAUGUGUUGGCAUUAUGGCAUUCAGCAUCUAAAAAGUUAAUAUCUGGUAUUAUAUCUGAACCAAUGCCAGAAAUUACACAAAUGUACCAUAAUUCUUUAUCAGAAGGGAUGCUAAUUAUGGGAACUAAUUGUUUGAGUGAUGAGUUAUUAAGAGGUUAUACUGAAGGUACCAAGGCGAACCUUUCUGACAUUUAUGAAAGAACGAAAGAACGCCAUAACGAAGAUGAUGAAUAUAACGAAGAUGUGGAUGAUGAACUUGAUGGUUACACCGAUGAGGAUUUAUUAGAUGAAAUUAAUAAAUCAUUAGCCACCGUUUUCAAGACACAAGGUGAAAGAUAUUUGAAUUCCAUUCAAGAAAUAUGGCCAUUAAUCAACACCUACUUACAAGAUAACGAAGUCACGCUGUUAUUGUUUGCCCUUGUUGCUAUUGCAGAUAUUAUUGAAUCAUAUGGUGAAUUGACAAGUGGGUUUAAGGACUCAUUUAUUGAUAGAGUCACAGUUUGCUUGGUCAAUCCUGAUCCAAGUAUUCGUCAAGCAGCUUCUUACAUCAUCGGUGUCUGUAGUCAAGCUGCACCAACAGUAUAUCAUAAUGUGUGUGUUUCAUCAUUGGAGACAUUGUUCCAAAUAUGCAAUAUUCCAGAUGCUAAAUCUGAGGAUAAUAUAACGGCUACUAAUAAUGCAAGUUCUGCCAUCGGUAAGAUCUUAAGUACUUAUGGUAACGAUAUACCCAAUUUGGAUUCAUAUAUUUCCAAUUGGUUGAAAACCCUCCCCACUUUGGAUGAUCAAGAGGCUGCCUUAUCGAAUUAUAGAAAUAUAAAAUUACUAAUCGAUAGUGAAUCUCCAGUGGUGUGCGACCCCCCCAUGAUUCCCGUUGUUGUUGACCAUGUUAUUCAAGCAUUACAUAGGAAGGCGAUUAAUGGGAAUUCAGCUUUGGAGAUUGUUGAUUCAGUGAAGAAAUUGUUGGGCAAGUUGCCUCAGAAUGAUGCGAUGGCAAUUUUACAAAGAUAUCCAAGUGAUUACAUGGAGACUAUUCAAAAAUGGUUUUCUUAA